UCUGCCUUGCUUUACCUUCAUGAAGAAUGGGAGCAGCUAGACUGCAUGAUCAUGGUGCGAAGCCAGGGACUACUAACCUGGUGGGAACUAUAGGAUAUCUUGCUCCAGAGCUUACCAGAACCGGGAUGGCAAGUACUAGCACUGAUGUGUUUGCUUUCGGGGCAUUUCUGCUUGAAGUAGCCUGCGGAAGGAGGCCUAUAGAGCAAUGGAGACAGCCUGAAGAAGUAUUCUUGAUUGAGUGGAUCACAAAAUGCUGGAAAAGAGGAGCUAUUUUUGAUGCUUGUGAUCCAAGAUUGGAAGGGAAUUUUCCAGUGGAGGAAAUGGAGUUGGUUCUGAAACUGGGACUGCUAUGUUCACAGUCACAGCCAUCAGCCAGGCCUAGCAUGAGGCAAGUGCUCCAGUGCCUCAAUGGGAAUACCAGUUUGCUGGAUUUUUCACCAGAGAACAUUGAAAAUGGUAUGGCCACGUCAAACAAUGAAGCAUUUUCUGAUUUCAUAAUGUCAUUUCCUUCUUCUAAUUCCCUUGCCACCACUGACUCAAUCCUCAACAAUGGGCGUUAAAUCUUUGAACUUCAGCGGUUGAAAGGUGUUUCAGUUUUUCAGCAUUAUAAGGAUGUUUUUGACAGUUUCAACUUCUUGUAGUUAGUAAUAAAAUUGUUAGCAAUAAAAUUAUUAUUAUUAU